AUGUGGCCGGUCGACUACGCCACGCCGCCUCCGCCUUUCACAGUCACUGUUGACGUUUGCGGCAAGCUGCUCCGCAUGGAAGUGGAUACAGGGCCGUCACAAGUGCUUCUGCGAAGCUAUUCCCGGGAACUAAAAAAGGUUCAAGUCAAGACAGCAAAGUGGGCUGUACCUACUGUUCCUGUGACCAAAAGGGAUGGACACAUCAGAAUCUGUGGAGACUUUGGUGUCACCAUAAGCCCAGUAUCAACAGUGGAGCAGUACUCCAUUCCAAGGAUCAAGGACCUGUGGACUGUGCUUGCUGGAGAACAAAACUACAGUCAACUCGACAAGAAGGCACUGGCUUUAGUGUUUGAUGUGGAUCGGUUCCACCAGUACUUGUUGGGCAUCUCAUUCAAAGCAUACACUGACCACAAGCCACUUCUUGGACUGCUGGGUGCCAGCAAGCCCGUUCCCGUGCAAUCUUCGCCUCGAGUGGUCAGGUGGGAUCUGAAGCUGUCUGCUUACAAGUACGAACUUGUAUACAAGCCUGGCAAAGAGCUCGGCCACGCUGAUGCUUUUAGUAGACUGCCUCUCCCAACUGACACUAGUGCAUUACCACGACCUGUUGAAAUUUUCUUGCUAGAGGAGGCAUAUCCGAGACUCCUUUCACCAGGUGUUGUGGCCCAAACCACACGAAAUGACCCAAUUCUGGGUCAUGUUGUUUUUGCUGUUCUGAAAGGAGAAAGCCUCCCAGUAGGACCAGAGUGGAACCCUUUCAGUACCAGAAGCUCAGAACUCAGUCUCCAUGAGGGUUGCCUACUCUGGGGAUCAAGAGUAGUGAUCCCAAAGUCAUUGCAGACCCAAGUUCUUGGUGUUCUUCAUGUCAGCCACCCGGGUAUCAAGAAGAGCAAGAUGAUUGCCAGGAGCCAUGUUUGGUGGCCAGGCAUUGACAAUGACAUUGCCAACAGCGUGAAGAGCUGCGCUACGUGCCAGACUCAACAUCGAGCUGCACAGCCGGUUCAGAAGACGCCGUGGCCUUUUCCACAACGACCCUGGUUAAGGCUUCACAUUGAUUUUGGGGGACCAUUCCUAGGUCACACAUUCUUGGUUAUUGUGGAUGCGUUCUCAAAGUGGAUAGAAGUCUUUCCUGUGUCUUCCACAUCUGCAGAAGCUACCAUUUCUGCAUUGAGAAUUGCAUUCGCUCAGCAUGGCCUGCCUGAUGUCAUAGUUUCCGGAAGCGGUCCUGCCUUCACCAAUGCCCGGUACCUUGAGUUCUUAACACGAAAUGGAAUACGCGGCAUGCUUGUACCGCCGUAUCACCCUGCCUCAAAUCGUGCAGCUGAACGAGUUGUACAAACUGUGAAGAACAAACUCAAGAAGUAUGGUUCUGGGAACUUCCAAACGCAGAUCUCCAGGUUUCUGUUCUACUAUAGGACCACACCACAUGAAGUGGCAGGUCGGCCACCGUGUGAACUCAUGACAGGAAGAAUGUUCAAGACUCUGUUGUAUGUCUUCAGGCCAAGCCUGCAGACAUCUGUAUUCCUAAAACAGCUCAAGCAAAAGUUGUAUCCUGACAGAGGGUCCCAGCAGGCUCCAUCACUGCAGCCAGGUGAUGACUUUUACUCACGAAAUUUUCGCAGGGGUACACCCUGGGUGCCUGCCAGUGUUGUGGACGUCACUCCGUCAUCAGCCAAUGUCCGUUUUGAAGAUGGCACCUUGAGAAACCGGCACAGCGACCACUUGCGCCUUGUACAGACAGAAACAUUGGCCUCUCCUGAAACUGCUAUCGCUGCAGCUUUACCACAUUUGGAGCCGCCGCUUGUUCAUGCACCAGCUGUUCCAGAAGUGCCUCAUCAGGAACAGCUACCUGGAACUAGCUUCUCUGAGAGUAGCUGUGCCACGGAGAGCGACGGGACUGCGCUCAACAGUGGUGUGCAUGAGAACAGUGACUGCCUCGUGCCUACGCCUAGUACGCCGAAGUUGCGACGUGGCACACGAACUAGGAAACUGGUGAAUAGGUACUCCCCGUAG